AUGAUCUGUCACGCUUUGUUAGUUUUCUCUGUCUUACUUUCCGCCGCCGACGUCGGGAAAGGAUCAACGCCGGCGUAUACUCCCACCGAUGUCUUUUUCUUCAACUGCGGCGCUACAUCCGACAACAUCGACGACGAUGGCCGGAACUGGACGGCGGAGAAUAGGAAACUCCUAUCGGCGAAUUCAGUCAACGCGUCGUUCUUUUCGGAAGCAUCGUUCCAAGACUCGGGGGUUCCUCAGGUGCCCUACAUGACGGCUCGGAUUUUCCGAUCAGAUUUCACUUACAGUUUUAAAGUCUCUCCCGGCUGGAAAUUCGUCCGAUUACACUUUUACCCGACCCGUUACAAAUUUGGUGGUUUCGACGCCGCCAAUUCCUUCUUCUCCGUCACCGUCAAUAGUUUCACUCUUUUGAACAACUUCAGCGCCGAUUUAACGGUAAGAGCUUCCAUACCGGAAUCAAAAUCAUUAAUCAAAGAGUUUAUCGUUCCGGUUAAUAACCGGACUCUGAAUCUCACCUUCAAGCCGUCUCCAAAUUCGUCAGCUUUCGUUAACGGAAUCGAGAUCGUCUCCAUGCCUGAUCGGCUUUACUCAAAAGGUGGAUUUGACGACAGGAUAACAUACGUCGGUGCCUCCACUGACUUCGUGAUAGACAACACAACGGCUUUCGAGACCGUUUACCGGUUAAACGUGGCCGGACAAGACGUUGGUGACACGGGAAUGUUCCGGCGGUGGGUUUCCGAUGACGAGUUCAUACUCAGUGAAGCUUCGGGACUCAAACCGGUGCUACCGCCGGAUGUGACGAUAAACUACACGGCGAAAACUCCGGCGUACGUUGCGCCGGAAGAUGUGUACAAGACGUAUCGUACGAUGGGGAACGUCGAGCACCCUGUACUCAACUUGAAUUUCAAUCUGACAUGGCUCUUGAGUGUCGACGCCGGGUUUACUUACCUCGUUAGGCUUCAUUUCUGUGAGACUCUGUUCGAAGUGACCGAACCGGGCCAACGCAUCUUCUCUAUCUUCUUAAGAAACCAGAUGGCUAAGCUUGAAACCGACGUGAUUUUCUUGAGCGGAGGUUCUCGGAUUCCGGUGUAUCUUGAUUUCAGUGUAUAUGUUGGUUCUGAGAAUGGGCCGAGUCAUGAUCUACUGCUUGAGUUGCAUCCUUAUGAGCACGUCAAGCCAAAGUAUCUGGACGCUAUUCUGAAUGGUUUAGAGGUUCUCAAGCUGAAUAAUUCUGAAGGUAAUCUCGCUGGACCUAAUCCAAAUCCUCCUCCACCAAGUCCUACACCAAAGCGGGAUAUACCAAAAGGCAAAGUCAAGUCGCAUGUUUUGGUAAUAUCACUGGCCGUUGUUGGUUCUGCAAUUGUGAUAGCAAUGUUUGUUGUUGUUGUCUUCCUCAUGAAGAGGAAGAAGAAGAAUAAGAAGGAGUUUAGUAUACAUAACACGAGCAAGCCUAAGGACUCGUGGACUCAUCUUCCCUUUGUUACGGGAUCCUCUCAUACAAAAUCAGCCACAUCUCUGCCGUCGGAUCUCUGCCGUCGAUUCUCAAUCCUCGAGAUCAAAUCCGCCACAAACGAUUUCGAGAAAGAGCUAAUCGUUGGAGUAGGAGGGUUCGGUUCGGUUUACAAAGGAAGAAUUGACGGUGGAACCACGCUCGUGGCGGUUAAACGGUUAGACAUUUUAUCGAACCAAGGCUCUAAAGAGUUUGACACAGAGCUCGAGAUGCUCUCAAUGCUCCGACACAAACAUCUCGUCUCUCUAAUCGGAUACUGCGACGAUGAGAACGAGAUGGUUCUUGUGUACGAGUAUAUGCCACAUGGCACUCUCAAAGACCAUCUCUACAAGAGAAACAAGGCUUUUGAUCCUCCGUUGUCGUGGAAACGGAGACCGGUCAAACUCCAAAAUGUUCCACCGGAAGAAGGAGAUUUGGUCAGAUGGGUGAAGUCAAAUUACAAAAGAGGAACCGUUGAUCGGAUCGUUGAUGAGGAUCUAAAGGCUGAUAUUACUCUGAUCUCAUUGGAGAAGUUCUGUGAGAUUGCCGUGAGAUGUGUUCAAGAUCGUGGGAUCGAACGGCCAUCGAUGAACGACGUUGUUUGGGGGCUUGAGUUUGCGCUUCAGCUUCACGAGACUGGUAAAAAGAAUAAUGACGUGGAUUCUGCGGAUAUGCCACGUGGUGAGGUAGGUACGACGACGGACGGAGAAGAUUUGUUUAGUACGACUACAGGACACGUGUCGGAAUCUACGAUGACCGAUGAUAAUUCUGCUCCUUUAAGGAGUGGGUCGAGUUGGGGAGUAUUUUCCGAGAUCAAAGAACCUAAAGCACGGUAG